AUGCAUGUGAGCAUUUGUGCGAUAGGUGCAAGCUUGAUUGCACUAUUCCGAAUAAUUUUCCGGUUUUGCAACCCUGCUCAUGCUCCUUCGUCCCGCAAAGUCUGGCUCCUGUUCUUGCAGCGAGGCAACGUUCACAGUUUACAUAUCUCCCAGAGUACAAUGAAGCAAUUUGCGUGGCCCUGGUUACGAUGCUGGGCUUUGCUUGGGGCGAUGCUGCCCUGGGCUGCUGCAGUGAAGUUUACACAGGAGUCAAACUUCUCGGUUCUUGAGUCCACAGACUCGGCGGACUCGAGCUCUUCCCUUGCCGACGUGCACCAUGCCUUGGUCGCCCGCUCCUCGAGAACCUCGGUGGCCGAGUACUCGAACGCGUCCGACACCUCCCUUGACACCGUGGCAAACGGUAAAGUCGUCGCCGCCGUCGGAGGAUCCUUCGUCGACUGGGCCAAGGCGGUGAAACAUGUGAGCAAGAAGCUCGGCACAGCCGCCGGCAACACCUUCACCGUGGUCGGGGAACGCGUCAUGCGUGCUCCGAGCAUGCGAUGGGACCAGUUGGAUUCGGAGCUCCUUGGUAUGGCCAAGGAUAUGGGGAAGUUUUACUUGGCUGUCAAGCACGCAAAGCUUGGGUUAUACAUGAGCGCCUUCCACGCCGCGUACAAGCUGGCGGCACCCGUCAUGCCCUUAGCGAAGAAUGCCGCGGGGAAGGCGAUGACCCUGGCCAGGAAGGUAGGAGGUCCCGUCGCGAAAAGGCUGGACUGCAUUGUUGGUGCAGAACUGACGUACGAACGGAAGUGCGAGGUUGCCUUUGCUGACAUGUGUGAUUGCAGCAUGGAGAACGGCCAGCGGAAGAGCUACACCAAAGCCACCGCCGGCGCAGCCGGAGAACCGCCCACCGGCCUUGAGUUCAGAUGCGUGCCGAGCAACAGGAAUUCCAUCUUUGCCAAGGGAUUUCGCUUGAAAGCUUCCGUCGACACCACCGGGGAG